AUUGAUGUGGGCGAGAUCCAGCACUUGCUGCAGAAGCUUGGAGUUGAGGUCACCAAGGAGCAGGCCUCCAGAAUACUGCAGAGGUACAAUAGAAGAUUUUAAAGAAGAAGAAGAAAACACACACACACGCCCACAAACGUGCUUCAUUUCUAUCCUUUCCAAUGAUACCAACUGUACUUUAACCAUUAUUAUUUUAUUUGCAGUCUUGGAAUGAAACCUGUUACAUAAUGUGUACAUAACAUUUUGAGUUUUGAGAAAGCAGCACUGUGUCAAAAUGGUUAGCAUGUCAACAUCCCAAUCAAUUCCUCUCACUAUAAAUUAUCCAUAGGUGGGAAUGGGAGCGUGCAUUGUUUUAUCUAUAUGUGCCCUUUAAUCAAGUGGUGACCAGUCCAGGGUAUAUCCCACCUUUCGCACAAAGUCUACUGGGAUAGGUUUUAUCUCACCCUUGAUGCUGAUGAGGAAGCACGGUCACAGAAAAUAGAGAGAUAAGUGGAAGAAGAUGGAUGCAUAGAUGGAUGAAUAAAUCUUAAAUAAAAAUAUUAUCGAAAUAAAUGUUUUAAUAUAAACAGUUCUUCAAGAUUAAAUGCAAAUGUAUUGAACUUAAAAGUGAAAUGAUUGUAGAUUUUGAAAUUUCUGUUGUCAAAGUAAUAGUACAUACAACAUGCCAAAUUAUAUAAUGAAACCCAACACAAUAUUACCUAGCCGAAUUAUAAUUAUUGUUUUUAUUGACCAACCAGACGGCACGGUGGCCGACUGGUUAGAGCGUCAGCCUCACAGUUCUGAGGACCCGGGUUCAAUCCCCGGCCCCACCUGUGUGGAGUUUGCAUGUUCUCCCCGUGCCUGUGUGGGUUUUCUCCGGGCACUCCGGUUUCCUCCCACAUCCAAAAAACAUGCAUUAAUUGGAGACUCUAAAUUGCCCGUAGGUGUGACUGUGAGUGCAAAUGGUUGUUUGUUUGUAUGUGCACUGCGAUUGGCUGGCAACCAGUUGAGGCUGCCCGAUGAGAGCUGGGAUAGGCUCCAGCACGCCUGCGACCCUAGUGAGGAGAAGCGGCUCAGAAAAUAGAUGGAUGGAUGGAUUGACCAACCAGCCAACAAGUUUGUCAAUUUCCCAGCAUGGACAGGGAUGGCACCAUGACCAUUGACUGGAAAGAAUGGCGCGAUCACUUCCUGUUCAAUCCUUUCCACAACAUGGAGGAGAUUGUCCACUACUGGAAGCACUCCCACAUGAGUUCUCAGAGAAGGAACGGCAGUCCGGACUGGUAUGGAGGCAGUUGGUUGCUGGAGCAAUGGCAGGUGCUGUGUCCAGGACAGGAACUGCUCCUUUGGAUCGCCUGAAAGUUUUCCUGCAGGUACAUGGUUCUGUGUCUCGUGGGACAAAUCUGUGGUCGGGGCUGAGAGGAAUGAUCCAAGAAGGAGGUGUCUUUUCACUCUGGAGGGGAAAUGGCAUCAAUGUCCUCAAGAUUGCCCCAGAAUCUGCAAUUAAGUUUAUGGCCUAUGAACAGAUCAAACGGCUGAUCCGUGGCAGCAGGGAAGGGGGAAGUUUGAGGGUACAAGAAAGAUUCCUUGCUGGCUCUUUGGCAGGAGCAACUGCCCAAACCAUCAUUUACCCCAUGGAGGUGCUGAAAACCCGUCUAACAUUGAGGAAGACAGGGCAAUACUCAGGUAUGGCUGACUGUGCCAGACAAAUCCUGAAAAGGGAGGGAGUCCGGGCUUUCUACAGAGGCUACCUGCCAAAUACAAUCGGCAUCAUCCCCUAUGCUGGUAUCGAUUUAGCUGUGUAUGAGACUCUAAAGAAUGCCUGGCUUCAGAGGUACUGUCUAGACUCUGCAGAUCCAGGUGUUUUGGUCCUACUGGGCUGUGGUACUGUUUCCAGCACCUGUGGGCAGCUAGCGUCAUAUCCACUUGCUCUCAUUCGGACACGAAUGCAGGCGCAAGCCAGCACGGAGGGUAACCCAAAACUGACCUUGGUGGGCCAGUUCAAAUUCAUCUUAUCCAACGAAGGUGUGUCUGGUCUGUAUCGUGGUAUCACACCCAACUUUCUCAAAGUCAUUCCAGCUGUUAGCAUCUCCUACGUUGUAUAUGAGCACAUGAAAAGAUUCCUUGGGGUUGGACACUAGACUAGGACGACGAGUGAGGAUGACCGAACUGGAAAGGAUAAAGAAAGCAAAGACUCAGUUUAUGAGACAACGCUGGUGAGAGAAAAGAUCCGUCUCAUGAAAACAUCUGGUUGGGAGGUCAAAUUUUUUUUGCGAGUAUGCACUCUCACUGAAACAAAACAACAGAAAAUGACCGUGCAUGUGGGUCAUUUUCAUAUAAUUUGAUCAAUAACGGUAAAGACACAUCUAAUUUAGCAAUUUUUUAAAUGCUCCCUUAGUUUUAUAUGGGUAAAUGUCUCCCAUUAUGAAACAGACCUGCUUAAAGUCCUAUUUUCAAAAAGUUAUUGAUUUUAAAUUUUAAGCAUUCAAAGUAGGAUGGUGGUGCCCCUUUGAAAUACUGUACACCUAUUUUUAUAACAGUAAAGACAAAAAAACAAAAUGGAAAAGACAUCAACCGCUUCAUAAAAACCAUGUGAGUUGCAUUGCAAUUUACAUGUGUUGCCUUUCAAACUGUGGAUACUGUACAAGCGCUAAAUGAUCCUAACUACUCGUUAAACCCAUUUCACUCGUCUUUAUACAAUCGUAAUAACGGUAAAGACAUGCAAUCGUUCCAACACUUGCACUAAUUCAUACAUAUUCAUUCAUAUCUCAGAAAUACCUAAUUGUUUUGCUGUCUGCUAUUGCGUGAAUGCAAAAUGCCUGCCUCAUCCUGGCACUUCAGCUCACAGAUCCCGCUGGUGUAUUGCAACAACAUAAUGAGGCUCUCUCCAGUGGAAUUAGCGGUAAAGAAAGCUUGAGUGACAAAGGAGCGUUUGUAAAAGAACACUGAAGACGCUAAGAUGCAAUUGUAUUCGUUUUCAUGGAAAAGACAUAUUAAGCAAUAGGAGAAAAGUCUUCCAUAUCAAAAAAAUGAAUUAACAUCAUCAGAAAAUAUGUUGCAAAUCAUGAAACUUCAUUUCGAAGACCUAACGGCAAAGAAAUUUUGACAAAAGUUUGAAAAGUAUUACUUUAGAAUUGUUUUUUUUCAUAGAAACAAUUAAUGACAUUUUGAUGGAUAACAACUGCCAUUAACCCAAAUACUGUUCUCAUAUCAGUACAAGUCAUUGAUUUUCAAUAGGAAAUUCAGUGGGCCAUGUCUUUACCGUUACUGAUCAAAUUAUAUGAACAUAGACCGUAUGCUCAGUGAUUUUUCUGUAUUAAACUAUAAUCCAAACCAUGAACAAUAUUUUUUUGUUGUUGUUGUUUUACAAUGCUGCUCAUAAAACAUACUCCAAAAAAAAAUGUAAAAAAAUCUGCAUAAUAACAGGGCAGCAUGUCUAAAAAAUGAGUAAACAGUUUGCUUUUAGUUGCCCGGGUUUUUAUAGUGUCACAGAUUUAUUUAUUUUAAGCUUUAAAGAUGAGUGAUUCAUGUUGGACGUUUUUUGAAAUCAUGAAAUGUCAGUCAGAUGCUUUUCUCUGUUGUCAGCUGCUCCGUCCUUUUUAAUGCCAUGAAACUGGGCACCAACUUUUUGUGUAUUACGGAAUGUUUGCAGAGGCAUAAUUUGUCAUUUCAAAACUCAUCCAGUUGAAUUUGUACUAUAUAGUAAUUGAGUAUCAUACAGAGCUAUUUUCAAUAGUUUAUUCCUUGCAAUGACGCUUUUGCCCCCCAAAAUGUGACACAAAGAUACACGUAUUCAUCAUCUUAUUGUUAAAUUCUGAGCUGCACAAAAUAUUUAGACAGUACCUUGUUGGAGCAGUUCUGAAGAAUGUUCUCUUAAAUGUGUCUGCAUUCGAUGUAACACGUCUUCUGCAUUACCACUAUUGUUAUUUUCUUCCACACAAGCCUGCUUGAAAUGAUGAAUGCUUGUGUCCAGUGGGGCCUUUUGCGCAUGACACGUGUAAAGCAUGGAUGCAUGUUAUGGUUGUUGGGUCAGCCAGUUUAAGGGUGGGUGGGAUUAUUUAUUCCAAAUAUUUUAAACACAAAAGUGUUUAUGUGUGUGUAUUUAUAAAGGCUUGUUUAUAAAUGCUAGAAAUACUGUACAGUAGAACCUCAAAAGUUGAACACAACUCAGUUUCAUGACAUUUAAUGUAAAGUGAUUUAAUAUCUUUAUUCACUCCAGAAAAUGUUUUGGAUAGCAUUUAACAUUCCUAACUGUUCAAAAAAUAUAAAGAAAAAUUAAUUCAUAUUAAUAAAACUGAAAUCAAGUAAAACUACUCAAACAUUAAAGAGGCUUGAAACAAACAUAAUGGGGAAGGAAAAUUCUUGUCACUUGAGGAUUUUUAUAGGUACCGCUGCAGUUAAAAAGUGUACAAUGAUCUCACUUUUUUAAAAUUUCUUUUCAUGGUAAACACUGAAGAAAUUUCACUUUGCUACAAUUUAAAGUAAUUGCAACAACAGUAUUGCUAUUCGAGUGUUUGACUUUUGAAAUUCCACUGUAUAACUUUUUAGUUUUGAUAACACAUCAAUACCGACCGAACAUGCAUGUGCACUUUAAAUGCCUCCAUGAUGAAAAUUCGGUGAUACCGUACUUGUCACGAGUUGAUUCAGACAGGACCUAAGAGCAGGCGUAGGCUGAGAGGUUGUGAUGAAACGUUUAUUGAACAAAGGGGGAUGGAGAUGGUCCUUGAGAUAUGCUGGUGGUUUGUUGAGGCAGGGAACGUGUGGCAGGCGGUGGCAAGGACAGGCGGCUGGCGAGGGACACAAAGGGAGCACCGAGGAGAAGGAGAAACACGGAGGUGAGAAAAAUCACAAGAAGUGGCGUGGCUUACUAGAGGCUUGAGAGCCGUCGUACCGCACGAGAGCGUUAAUACUCCGGCGAGAGUUUCCGGGAUCCGGCAGGCUUUUAUGCGGGUGACGAUGAGGGCUGAUUAAUGACAGGUGCACGGCCGAGGUGGUGCUGAUUACUGUCAAGAGAGAUAGGGAUGGGGAGAGAGAGAGGGCGAGAGGACACCGCUCAUGACAGUACUCUAUAUUAAUAAAUGUAUUUGCACAAGUCAUUUUGGAAGCUGCAUUAGUCUUGUUUACUCAGGGGCAUGUAGAAUUGUGUGCAAUAAUUACGUCUUAGAUAAUGCUCCUUGCAAAAUCUUUUCAAAUUCCACACUCAAUAUGAACCAGAUGUAAAACGAGUCCAGGCCAACAAACAUGUUAACAUACGAAAAUAGCGUUUUGAUUUGCACCCUGUGGAACUAAUAAAGGAUUCCAUUCUUACACAUGUAUUUGUUUGUCAUUGCAGUCGACAGCUUUUACAUCGCAAUUUGUUUAAUACAAGUACAGAAAUUAUAGUAAUCAAUGUAACCACCAUGAUAUAUUAUUAUUAUUACUAUUAUUAUAGUGCAAUCUGUUUGCGUUAUACAUUUACCUGCACGAAGAAAAGAACAUUUGUCAUAAUAUAAUAUUUGAAUGAUAUGAUGAUUUAUUGUCGUAUGUACGGUUUACCAAUGAAUUGCCACAUUGUAUAAUUACAUAUAUAGGGUACUGAUUGGUUUACAUUUAUUUUCAAGACAACAAAUAAAAGAUUGUAUUUUUGUGUA